AUGUCGUUCUUGCCCAACAUGGCGGGGAUUCACUACGUUCCUGGACCCACAGCACAGACUUCUGGAUUCGUUCAAGCUGGAGAUGCACCUUCAUCCCAACAAGUAGGAGUGACAGGCGGUGGAUUAGGCACCUCCUCUAAUGUACCCAAACCCGGGACUUCCAUUGAUCCUAACACCGGUAAACCCCAUCAAGAAGGGAUGACUAGAGCCGAAUUACAAGCUAAGAAAGCAGCUGAAGCAGCAGCCAUAACAGCUCAAGUCUCACCUAUAACAUCAGCUGAAUUGAAUGAUCAAGUCGAUCCUUCACGUUUCGGUGGAUUAGGUUAUUCUCCAUUAGUACCAAAACCUGGUACUUCCAUCAAUCCAGCAACAGGUCAACUUCAUUCGCAAGGUCUAACAAGAGCAGAUUUGCAAGCUAAAAAAGCUGCGGAAGCAGCUGCGAUAACUGCUCAAGUAUCUCCUUCAACUUCGGUCAAACCAGAGGAAUUAUCACAAGAUGAAUGGAAGCAUAUUCAAGAGAAAGGUGCCGAUUUAUUAGACCCAACUCCCCAAACUCAACAAGUUAGAAGAGGUAGCACAGCUGGAAUUUCAAGUGAAUUAUCAGGUAGAGAACAAGCUGCGAGACAAUUAGCAGGUGCCAUACCAAAGAGUGCUAUUCCUUCCUUUACAAGAACAUCUACAGGUGAGAUGACUCCUGGCCUCGAGCUACCAGGCGGUUGGGGAAUGACCAAAACUGUACCUUUCCCUGGAACUACUCCCUACGCACCGUCUAGCAUUUACGAGGAUGUCGCAGAUGGUCUAGAUAAAGUCGGUCGAGCAGCUUUCGCAGUUAUACCUUCUCCUAUCAAAGAUGCUUUCUCGACCUCCCCUGCCUCCCCCAAAUUAUCACCGACCACAUCAACAACUACCUCCACUACUCAGCUUGGUGUCUCCCCUCCCUCGGAUAGAAGAUCAAGUAUCACCGCGCUUUUCGAUGUAGCUAAAGAAAGAGCCAACAAAGUCGUAGGAGAUGUACAGGGAACUUUGCAGAACACCCAACGACGUGCAUCUGCGACGCUCAACAAGGAUUCCGAGUUCCGUAAAAACCUUUCCGGAUUCGUUGACAAUGCUCUAGCACAUGCUGGUCCCCCUGGUGUCUUACCUUCAGGUGUUGGUCGACCUGGUGUAGGAAUGCUACCAAGAUACUCUUUGCCAUCCGAAGAACCUGCAGGUGCUGUUCCUGGUGAACACACUUCCGGUGUUGGAGCUUUACCCGGUACAUCUAACGAAUCAGGUGUUGCUGUUCUCCCUGAUGAGAAGAAACCUACCCCCUCCCUUCCAUCUCACGAAAAUCAAGGUGUCCUCCCUGGAGAGACCUCGGGUGGUGUAGGAGCUCUUCCUGGUCAAAUCGGAGAGACUGGCGAAGCUAUCCUUCCUGAUGAGAAAGCAACCAACGCCUACCAAGAGCUCAACCCUGCAUCCUCUUCGGCUGGUUCUUCUGGCUCUGCCAAUUUUGCUGGUCACGAAGACGAGUCGACCUCUAAAGCUAUCACCAGUGCUAGCGCUCCUCCAUCUAGCUCUUCCGUCAUUGAGCCCGCCAGCUCUUCUUCUGCUAAAGAUGUUACCAGUUUUGACGGUCCUUCUUCUGGCUCUUCCGUCAUUGAGCCUAGUUCUUCGGCGCCCGAAAGAUCCGAAGCAGUCGCUCCUACCACUACUGCGUCUUCAUUUGGUGCAGGUCCUUCCGAGACUUUCAGAGCCGAGCCAACCAAACGACACGUACCAUCCACCGCUUAUGGUGCUUUGGCUGCACCCCUUCCUGCAACUAACCUUUUCACUGGCGCAAAUAAAGGGGCGACCGAUGUGUCUUCCGCACUGGGUACUUCCUCUUCGGAAACGAAAACCCUUAUGACGGCUCCUGAACCAAACUCAACGGUAGAAAGUGGAUCCACUCCAGCUACUUCAACACUGUCCCCUGCCUCUGUCGAUGAAAGCCAAUUCGAAGAGAACCGUUCUACUCCUGCUACUUCAACUAUAUCCCCUACUAGCGUUACCGAAGGCGAAGAAACAUCUCCUAGCUUCUCGCCAUUGGCCGUCCCUGACACUCGACACGCAAACGAAAGAACCACUUCUUCUGCUAGUGUGACAGCCAUUAGACAUGGUCACGAAGGCAGGAGCAAGCCUUCACAUCUUUCCGGCGAGGGCAUCACUGUUCCUGAACAUGAAGAAUUGGACACUUUUGCUAUUGAUCAAGGCCAGAAAUCAACUACACUUGGAACCGGACCAAAUCAUACUACUUCUUUGACUCCUGGUAAUGAACAUGAAGGAAUCGGAUAUCCCUCCACCAGAGAUAUCGAAGGGGCAUCAAGAGAGCCAGGCACUUACCCUUCGCAAGAGACCACAGGAUCAUCCGGAACCUCCCAAAACAAGCUGAACGAAGAGAAACAUAGAGCUGAAGCUCUGGUUGAUGCACCUGCUCAAUCUUCCGACAUACCCCCUGAAGAAUCUUCAUCAUCAACUUAUAAAGUCAAUACCGAACCACCUGCCAAUGGGCCUACUCAAAUACCAGUGUCAACCUCGACUCCUCUUCGGGAAUCUACCCCCUCUUCUUCGGAUUUACCUCAUCCAACUUCAGUUGAUAAUGCUAAAGACAUUGCUGGUGUCAAACACGACCACGUUCCUUCUUCGCCUAUCCCCAAAACAACUGCAGCAUCAACACCAAGUGCGCCUGCUAGUGGGAAUGGACAUGCUUCACCAAUUAGUAAAACUUCCGCGAGUAGUGGACAUGCGAGAAAGGAGAGUGGAAGUAGCGAGAAGAAAAGAGGUCUAUUCGGUAAGAUUAAAGAGAAGCUCAAGCAUUAG